CAGACAAGGUCGCCUUUGCUGGCGACACAGCCACUCCAAGAGCGAGCGUGGUGCUGAAUAUCAGUCGCUGCUCUGCCCAGGGGAUCCGGGGACUCACAGAAGCAUUGGGUGCUGGCAGGAAAACAAAGGAGAGGAGACUCGGAGUCAAGGGUGAGAAGGAUGCUCUGAGCAGUUCAGCUGGAGAUCUCUGCAAAUUUGCUUUGCAGGGCUGAGAGAGUGGGGGAGGCAAAGAGCAAAGGAGCGGGCAGGAUUUGCCCGGGGAGAUAGCACCGGGCAGCACUCUGGACAGCGCCUGGCUCGGAGCCUCCAACCUUUAUUUAGACUCCCAACGAAAAUACCCUUGAGGACUGCAACCCCCCAAACCUGGAAAACCUUUCUCGGAUCCUUGUCUGAAUGCGCAAGGAGGUGGAGCUGCUCUUUUUCAUUUUUGAUUUUUGCUUCUGGCCGACUCUGGGAAGAGAGGCUGCGGUCCUGCAAAGGCAGCCUUGGUGGAUGUUGUUUCCCUGGUGAAGAAAGAAGAAAAGUUUUGGGGUCUAAGCGGGGGCGGAGACGAGAAGAAGGAGACUGGAGCAGAGAAGGUGGAUGCUUGGCUUCCCGCUCUGAGCUGGAAGGAAUGAUGCCCGAGGAAGGAUGUGCACCAGCGGCCAGAUCAUUGGGAGCCUCCUGGUGCUGUCCGUGCUGGAGAUAGGGCUGGGGGUGUCCAGCGUGGCCGUGGGGGCGGUCAGCUUUAGUCUGGCCCUCCGGCAGCACAAGCCGCAGCUGGGAGACUCGUCCCCGGUAUGGAGCGGGGUGUGUUUUCUGCUCUGUGGUAUAUGUGGAAUAUUCUGUGCCAAAAAAAAAUCUGGACUUGUAAUGAUCCUCUUUUCUGCCUGCUGUAUUUGUGGACUCAUUGGAGGCAUCCUGAAUUUUCAGUUCCUCCGAGCAGUGACCAAGAAGACAUCUUCCCUGUACCCCCUGCAUCUGGCCUCCAUGUCUUUUGCGUGCAUAGGAAUUGGUGUCUGUACCCUUUCCUCCUGGCUCACGUGUCGCCUUGCCAGCUAUGAGCAGAGGAGGAUGUUUUCAGAGAGGGAACAUUCUUUGCAUCAUUCACAUGAGAUGGCUGAGAAAAGAUUGAGGGCUAUUGAAAUAACCGACUUGCCCAGCUGCCCGGUGGUGCCCCCGACACCAGAGUUACCUACAAGGAAAUGACAGAUAUGAGCAAUGGAGGACCACAGCUGAUCUUUAAUGGAAGAGUAUAAUCAUGUUUUAAAUAACUGAACAUUUUAUACCAUUUUCAAAUACCAAAGGACCAGGAGAGAACUACAAAAACACCUCUUACAUUUGCUGUCAUUUCUCCUGUGCAAACACUAAAAUUAUUCUUUUUUAAUUUUUCCUCACUUGUUUUCUCAAUAUUUUUUAAUUGGGUGAAAACUUUCCUGAAAUGGUCUAGAAUAGAAAUUUCAACAGACUUUCUGGUUGCUCUAUGUAAGACCUAUCAGAAAAAUAAAGAUGAGCCAGAAAGA